AUGGAGUAUAUCAACCAGAUCAAGAACCGGCGCCGCUCGUCGCAAAUCCUGAAAGCGCCCAAUCCCGUCCUAACCGCCGAGGACGAGGCUUUCUUGCAGCAGGUCACCGCGCAACCUGAGCCUGCACCUAUCUCCCCUGAACGAGCCGACCACGCGACAAAAACCCCAGACGAGAGCUCGCGACAGCCUGCGCCGGAUAAUCAGGCUCAGGAUAUCCCCUUGCCCGUGUCACCGGCCGACGAUCUUGGUAAAGGGCUUGCGGAGGAAGAACAGAAAAAGCGCACAACCUCCGAUGACGCAGCCGCGCAGCCAGAGCCACCAAAAGAGCAAAGUGCAGGCCCACCAGAGAAAAAGAAGAGAUGGAGUAGUAUCUUCAAGAGGAAGAAGAAUCCAGAUGAAACGAGGUGUAAGAUCCAGGACAAGCAAACAACUGCAGAUAAACCUUCAGCGAAACGCUCGACAUCUACCUCGAAUUCAAGAGCAGCCACCCCAGACCCCAAGCCAGAAACAGGCAAGGAUGCAGAGGACAUGAGCGAUAUCCUGGAACGGUUGAACCUGGCUGCCGAUAACAACCGCGUCUUCUCGAUCAGCGACGAGACACAAGAGCUUCUACGCAAGUUCAAGCUGAUCUUCAAAGAUCUGGUCAACGGUGUCCCAACUGCCUACCAUGAUCUGGAAAUGCUCUUGACCAACGGCAAUCGCCAACUCCAAGACACCUACACCAAGCUGCCCGGCCCUCUCCAGAAGCUGAUUGAGAAGCUGCCGGAGCGAUGGACCGAGUCCCUGGCUCCCGAGAUGCUCGCAGCCGCCAGCGCCCGCGCCAGUCAAAGCGGUGUUAACAUGGAGAAUGUGGGCAAGGCCGCCGCCGCCGCCGAGAAGAUGGGCAUCAAUAUGCCAAGUCUGAAGGAGCUAGUCUCGAAGCCGGCGGCGCUGGUUGGCAUGCUGCGGUCGAUCAUGGCCUUUUUGCGGGCCCGAUUCCCCGCCGUGAUGGGCAUGAAUGUGCUCUGGUCGCUGGCAUUGUUCUUGCUCCUAUUCGUCCUGUGGUACUGCCACAAACGGGGCCGCGAGGUCCGGCUCGAGAACGAGCGUCUAGUGACUGAGGAAGAGGUCCGGAAGCUCAACGAAGAGGACUCUGCCGAUGGCAAAAUCCGCCCCACCGAGACUCUGACCACCACAGCGCCUCAGGGUGCAUCGGCCGAUGAGGUCCGCGAAGGCGUCAAGAAGGUGGAGCAGGCGCGGGCUUCCACAGAACCCGUCUCGGAGCCGCCGAUCACAACUGCCAGCGAAGAGAAUAAUGCCCGGUCAGCUGGGCUGCCGACCCGGUCGAAAUCUCGUCUGUCUAUCUGGGGUCGGUCCAAGCCUGAACCACCGCCUAGUAAUGUCACACCAUACCCGGGGACUUGA